CACGUACAGAGAGAGCAUCCACGUCACGUAGCCGGCAGCCCCUCCAGCCACAAAUCGUCAUGCUCCUCAUCCGCACGUGUCCUCCUCCUUCCCCGCACCCUCCCUCUGUCCUCCCUCCUAGUCGGCCUCACCUGGGGAUUCGCCCACAGAUAGUCAGGCACCCACUGGAUCGACCUCGCCCGCGGCGCAAACGCCCUCCUCUGUCGGUUGAACGGCGCGAUGUUCCUGGCGACGAAAUCAUGUCGCUCCGACAGUCGAUUAGCCAGAUAGGCCCGCCACUCCAUCUCCCUCUCCCCCUCCCUCUCCCUGCUGCUUAUCGGACUCACCCCCGCCCCUGCCCCACCCACGCCAAUCGAUGCAGCCGACGAGAUGCCGCCCUCCUCCUCUGUCCUGGGCUGCUGCACAGACGGGGCAUAGCCGCGGUGCGAGGACGGCAGAGCCGAUGGUCGCUGAAGGGCCAGAGCGGCUUGUGUCAUGUGUAUUUGGCGUCGGCGGACGAUGGGCGAGAGGGAGGGGUCGGGGGGCUGCGGUUUCUCUUUCUCGUGUGUCGUGUGCGCGUGCGCGGAGCAGGCAGUAGGCAGGGGCUGGAUAUUGGCAUGCUUCUCUUCGCUUGUCAAUGGCCUCGAUGCUUGGCGCGAAGGCUGCCGAAUGGGCUUCUCAUUCUCGGCUUUGGCUGCUUCUGGCCUCGCCGCUCUCUCGUGUCUCUCCCGCGUCUGCACCAUCAGCCGCGAGCCCUCAUGACCUUCACUCCUCCCUCCUCCCCUCCCCUCUGUCGCCACAUUCUCGUCUCCCCCUCUGCCGUCACCCAUCAUGUGCAUGAGCUGCAGCCGCUUAAGCUGCAUGUGCUCCCUCAGCCGCUCGCGAGGGCUCCUGGGUCUCGGCCCAGGCACACCCCUGCCCGGCACAGGCCCCCAGUCGUGGGCCGCUUUCCACGGUCGGGGGGGAGUGGGGGGGGCCACUUGUUGCCUCUGUGCGUGUGUCAGAGGGGCGGCCGAUGUGACCGAACUCUCUUGGUCGACAGUGUCCGUGGAGCGACGGGCACGGCGUCUUCGGCGACGCUCGGCAGCCAGACGAGCGCUGAGAGAGAUCCAAGGGGGAGGAAGGAUGAUUCGAUUCCAUGUUGGCGCGUCUGCGUGUCUGCGCUCACCAGACGACGCUGGCAGAGUCCAUGUAGUAGACAGACGGCAAGGACGAAGCCACACACGAGUCCUCCUCCCCAUCGGCGUCUCCCAUUUUGUCUUCGUCGUCAUUCUCAGCCUCUAGCACAUCAUCGAGCAGCCUCCCAGUGGGCGACUGCAGUCCAUACCGGCUUUCACCAUCACCCACUUGGACACGCGGCGGCUCCAUCCCCCUCCUCUCGUCAGGUACCUCCAUUUGCAGUGUCCGGCUGGAGACAUCGUCGCAUCGCUCGCCUCGUGUCUGCGUCGGACUCCUCCGGCUGGCCAGCCUCUCGCGGAAGAACUGCACGCCAGGCGGCUGUUGCCGAGCAUAGGACAGGAGGCACUUGUGCUUGAGGGGGAAGUACGAGGCACCGUAGGGAGGGGAGAACGGGCCGCCGGAGAAGGACGGCGUGUCCAUUUUCCGCUGGUAGUCGCUCCUUU